AUGCGCGACAUCGGUGCCAACGCCGACUCCGCGGACAGUCCCAGCACUCCCUUGAAGAGCCCCAGGCCCUUGUCCAACCCUCUCCAAGACCAGGCCCUGCCCUCGGUCGAAUGUACUUCUUCCUGCAGCCCCUCAUCGGCAGGCCGAUUGACCCCGGUAUCCUCCGUAGAUGACUCGCUCGACCACCAGGUCGAACGAAGCUCCCUGACGCCCAACACCCAGUCUCUCUUUCAGAAUUUGCGCCUGAGCGAAGCCAUGAGACAUCCGAAUCACAGUUCCCAGACGGAUCCUAGUAGUGGCCCGAGAGAAUCUGGGUUGACCCCUCACUCCCAUCACACGACCUACAGGGACCUCUACAAUGCCACUCCUAGUCCAGGAGGUGCUUCUUUCACAGAACCGAGCCAACAACGGCAGCCACCGACGCCAUCAUCUCCACUGGCUGCAGUGGGCAGCUCUCGUUCUCAGAACCUGCAUCCAGCAGACUCGGGGGAUACGGCAGCCACGGAUGCAGAUCGCGACAACGAGCCUGAACCGCACGAGGACUCCCUGCAGAACAAUAACAGGGAGAGCAACAACAAUAACGAGGAUUUCCUCUACAAUAUCCGCCAGGAGGAACUUCCCCCGGUGCCAAUCUACGAUAUUCGGCUCCAAAUUGCACUCCGGAGGGUGAGAGGCAAGCUCGUCGACCUCGCGCAAGUGAUGAAUCGGCGCGAGUUGGCACAAGACCCCACCACCACCUUUCAUAAGCUGUACAACGAGACGCUCGAGGCGAGCAGGUUCGCGUAUCCUGCGACGCGGACGGUUGGAUUCAUCGGUGACUCGGGAAUGGAAUCUGUUUCGGCUCCCAUGAAGUAUUCUCAAGUACUCAUUGGAAUUUUUGUCCAGAACGGAGACGGAGCGGCUUGCACCACGGUCGUCACGGAGUUCCGGAGUGUGAACGCGGAGCAUCCGCACAACUAUACCAUCGAGGCAGAUUUCAUGGAUCAUGCCGAGAUCCGAGAGCUGCUAGAGGAGCUGCUGUCCAGUGUCAGGAAAUACUACACGGACGCCUACCGGGAGGUUCGUGAUGCAACAGAACAGGAGGACAUCAAGGCUGCGGCCAGGAGGGCCUGGGACACAUUGCUCUCUCUUUUCCCAAACCAGCCGGCGCUUGAUCUUGACUUCCUCUCUAGGGACGGAGAGGAUGCGGUAGAGUCGAUUGUGACAACAUUGGAAGAGUGGGCAAGGGCUGGGUUGGGCCACCGCCCUGGCGGACGCGACAGUCUUCGCUAUUCCGUUGUAGCUCGCCACGCUGAUGAAUGUAUGGAGCAGCUGGAUUACCUUACGGCUGACUCAAGGGAGGGUGAUCGGCCGGCGCUAUGGCCUUUUGUCAAUGUGAUCAGGUUUUGA